UACAGCUCAGUUUAAGGAGAGGCUACUCAGCCAUAGAAAUCGCUUAUUUGGCUCGAGUUCGUUCAUUUCAUAGCGUCAAGUGUAUUUCCUUCUUAAAUCUGGUUUAAAGUAGAAAUUUCAUGUUGUUUUAUCAUGGAAUGUUGUGAUCUAGAAUGUCCUCUGUGUAUGGAACCUUUAGAGAUAGAUGAUGUCAAUUUCUACCCUUGUAGUUGUGGCUAUCAGGUCUGUCGCUUUUGUUGGCAUAGAAUAAGAACAGAUGAAAAUGGUCUUUGUCCAGCUUGUAGAAAGCGUUACACAGAGGAUCCAGCAUCAUAUAAACCUCCAUCACAAGAUGAAAUUCAUAGAAUAUUAAAAUCAAGAAAGCAUAAAGACAUUCAUAAAAAGCAAAAGCCAACAGAAAAUAGAAGUCAUUUGGCAAAUGUCAGAGUAGUACAGAAAAGUUUGGUUUUUAUUGUUGGUUUGUCAAAUCGUCUCGCCAAUGCAGAGCUCCUCUCCUCACCAGAAUAUUUUGGCAAAUUUGGAAAAAUUCUCAAAAUUGCAAUUAAUUCAAGCACAAAUUAUGCUGGCCCACAGGGACCCAGUGCUAGUGCUUAUAUAACAUACCAAGACGAGGAGGAUGCAUUUGAAGCUAUAAGAGCUGUUAAUGAUCUUUUCUUGGAUGGCAGAGCUUUAAAGGCAUCUCUUGGUACUACAAAAUAUUGUACAUAUUUUUUAAAGAACACAAAUUGUCCUAAAACAGAUUGUAUGUAUCUACAUGCAUUAGAUAAUGAUGGUGCAAGUUUUACCAAAGAAGAAAUGCAGGCUGGAAAACACAUUGAAUAUGAGCAGAUGUUGCUGAAGAAAUAUGAAGAGAAAAGAAAGACAAAACGAAUAAACAACGAUAAAUGGCCUGGGAAUCCAUAUGAAGAAACUACAGCCGGACCAAAUUUCCAAGAGAAAUUAGUUGCAAAUGAUAAAAAAAUUGUAAAUGGAACGAUCUCGCCUGCAGGUCAGGCCAAGGUGAUUCCACCCGCAGGUCAGGCUAAGUUGAAUGGUAAACCACAAAAUGACCCAGAAUCAUGGGAUGAUGAAUUAUUGAACUCCUCAAAUUUGAGACCUAUUGGUGCGGAACACAAAGCUACAUCUAGUGUUUCAUGUGGACACACAGAUUCUUUUCCAUCUUCUUAUCAAAUUUUAGGUGACUUAAAACCAAUGACCGCUGAUGUAGCUGGAGGACUGGGUUUAUCUAACUUACAUAUUCAUGAUAAUGUUGGUGGUUUAUCUACAGAAGAUGAUUUAGGGUUUGACCCGUGGAGUGAAUCACGAAAGGGUCUUGAGGAUAUUAUUCAAAACGAAACAUUCGGUUACCGCGAACCGAUUAUAACAAAACAACACUCUCCCCAAAUGUUUGGUAACGAUGUAUGUGUCCCUAGUUCUGUUAUAGCAGAUCCUAGUGCACCACCAAACUGUAUACCAACACCAGAGGAAAUGGAGUUUUUGAGAAAUUGGAAAGCUGGUCUACAGGCACUUCUGCCAAAUAUAAACAUAAGUUUCUCAGACACAUUUUCUCCUCCAACCUGGCACUUAGAAGACACGAAUGGCUCAAGUUCUUUGUCCUAUAAUAUCGAUGAAGUUGGAUUUAAACCUUUCAAUUCUGGAAAUAACUCUCAAACACAGAGGAUAAUGCGACCUCCCCCUGGAUUUCAGUCUCAGAAUACUCCAUUGUUUUCGGACAGCAACAUGUCUUCCGGAUUUCUACUAAAUUCGCGCGGUGGUAGCUCUAGUCACCAUGCUGGAAGUAAAGAUACACAAAUGUUGAUGACAGAUUUACACGAUAACGCCGUUCUGGGUGUGUACGGUCGAUCAGAAGCAAAUCCUUUUUCCACUAAUGCAUUACAUGAGGAAUAUCUACGACCUCGGGUUCCAGGUCACUUGGACAUAUCUAAUACAGACAGUAAAGGAUACUCUUUAAAUUUUCAUACUUUGGAACAAAAUAGAAAUAAUUCGCGUACCGAAGUACCUCGCUGAGACUGAAUACAAGUGAAUUGUAGAAAAACAUAUUUAAUAAGUAAAUGACAGAUAGUUGUUUUGUUAAUGAUGAAAGCAUAGAAAACCUAUUAAUUGAAAUGUUAUUUUCUUUAAAA